AUGGCGGCCAACAUGUACCGGGUCGGAGAUUACGUCUUCUUCGAGAACUCCUCGAGUAACCCAUACCUGAUCCGUCGAAUAGAGGAGCUCAAUAAGACGGCCAGUGGAAAUGUUGAGGCCAAAGUUGUAUGUUUCUACAGACGGAGGGACAUCUCACACAGUCUCAUUCAGCUGGCAGACAAGCACGCAACACCGGUCUCGCUCUCCGGUCUCGCUCUCCGGUCUCGCUCUCCGGUCUCGCUCUCCGGUCUCGCUCUCGGUCGCUCUCCGGUCUCGCUCUCCGGUCUCGCUCUCCGGUCUCGCUCUCCGGUCUCGCUCUCCGGUCUCGCUCUCCGGUCUCGCUCUCCGGUCUCGCUCUCCGGUCUCGCUCUCCGGUCUCGCUCUCCGGCCUCGCUCUCCGGCCUCGCUCUCCGGCCUCGCUCUCCGGCCUCGCUCUCGGGCCUCUAG